CUCUCCUCUUCUUUUCUUCUCCAUUCUCCCUUCUUCUCUACAGUCUGCGCUUCCUCACGGAGCUAGGUGCGUAUCAUUGGAUCAGUAGCUGCUGCCUGCCACACUGUCCAAUCGCAUCUAGGGAGAGAAAGAGACACAGGGAGAGUGAGGGAGAGAGGCAGAGAGAGCGAGAGAGAGAGAGAGAGAGAGAGAGAGCGAUGGGGGAGGGAGGAGAAAGAAAGGAAGAGAGGGCGAGAGGGAGAUUGAUUAUUUGAACGUCCUGGGCCUUGCACUCAGUGUAGAAACCCUUAAAUUUCUACAACAUCCCAAACGUCAUUCCCCCCCAUUUCUACCUUUUUCGGACUGAAGCCGUGUUUUUUUCCUUGUUUCUUCUUUGGGUUAUUCCCACACAGGAGACGUGCCAUCGCCACCACCACCAGCAGCAGCAGCAGCAGCAGAGGAAUAUCUCCCAAUAUCCCAUCCCAUCCCGGGCACGUCGGAUAAGCUGCAGCAGCGAAAACACGAGGCGAAUAUUGCGGUGGACGGGAACGAGAACAUGCUCCGUGGGAUUUCACACCUCUCAGCCUGUUCUGGGAGGCGGUUUGGGCUUGUUAUGGGGGUGACCGGAAGGAGAGAGUGACAGAGGAACAGUGAUGCUACUGUUUACAUAACGAGAGACUCACACACACACACACACACACACACACACACACACACACACAAAUACGUGCACACGUGCUCAAAUCGCCAGUCCAGGACAUACACACUUGCUUAAACACUUCCAUACACAGACACAUAUUCAAGGGACUCACUGACUGAGUCACCACACACACAGAGGCACAGAAUCACUGACUCACACACAGGGCCAAACACACACACACACACACACACACACACACACACACACACACACAAGAGGAAAAGGUUGUUUGCAAGAGUCAGUACUGUGUGCUGUGUGUGCUAUGGGCCAAGCUGAGCAGCAGCUGUGUGUGAGUGUUGGAUACUUCUGAAGGGUCAACACAGCCGUAACCCUCGCCCUCCCCAGUCUGCACCCCUCACCCACUCAUCCCUUAUCUCCGAAGCUACCCCUAAAUACACCAUCAUGUCCUGGUUGAGGACCAGGAAAACUCCCUCUCCCUCGUUUCCUCUCCCAUCCUUUUCUUCCCCAUUCGGGUUUCUAUCCCUCCUCCUCUCCCUCUGCCUCUCCCUUUCUCUCUAUCUGGCCUCUUCAUCGGCGCAGCAGACUGUGCCUGUCAUCAACACGGCACAGGGCCGCAUCCGUGGCAUCCUGACCCCGUUGCCCUCUGACCUCCUGGGGCCCGUCAUCCAGUACCUGGGAGUACCGUACGCAAGGCCUCCAACGGGGGACCGACGCUUCCAGCCGCCCGAGCCUCCUUUACCCUGGCCAGGGAUACGAAAUGUGACGCAAUUUGCUCCCGUGUGCCCGCAGUCGCUGGAUGAGAGGAGCAUGUUGGGAGAUAUGAUGCCGUCCUGGCUCACGGCUAACCUGGAUAUAGCAGCGACGUACCUCACUCACCAGAGUGAGGAUUGCCUUUACCUCAAUAUCUACGUGCCCACGGAGGAAGACAUCCAUGAGGAGGGGGGUCAGCGGCCGGUGAUGGUCUACGUCCACGGGGGCUCGUACACAGAAGGCACUGGUAACAUGAUGGAUGGCAGCGUGCUUGCAAGCUACGGCAACGUCAUUGUCAUAACCCUCAACUAUCGCCUAGGAGUGCUGGGAUUUCUUAGUACAGGUGACCAGGCAGCAAAAGGGAACUACGGCUUACUGGAUCAGAUCCAGGCUCUGCGCUGGGUGAAGGAGAACAUCGCAGCCUUCGGAGGAGACCCAAACAGGAUCACUGUGUUCGGAUCCGGGGCUGGAGCCUCCUGCGUCAGCCUGCUCACCUUGUCUCACUACUCAGAGGACCUGUUCCACAGAGCUAUCAUCCAGAGCGGCAGCGCUUUAGCCAGUUGGGCUGUCAACUACCAGCCCAGCAAGUACGCCCGGCAGCUCGGUGAGAGGGUGGGCUGCGGCAUCGACGACAGCACCCAACUGGUCGCCUGCCUCCAGGGCCGGAGUUACCGCGAACUUGUGGAGCAGAAUGUAACGCCGGCCAAAUAUCACACGGCCUUUGCCCCAGUGAUUGAUGGUGAUGUUAUACCUGAUGACCCCCAAAUUCUGAUGGAGCAGGGAGAGUUUCUGAAUUACGACGUGAUGCUGGGGGUUAAUCAGGGCGAGGGCGUGAAGUUUGUGGAGGGCAUUGUAGACUCAGAGGACGGUGUCACGGCUGAGGACUUUGACUUUGCUGUGUCAGACUUUGUGGAUAGUUUGUAUGGAUACCCAGAAGGCCGAGAUACACUGAGAGAGAGCAUAAGGUUCAUGUACACGGACUGGGCGGACCGUGACAAUGCAGAAACCCGGAGGAAGACUCUGGUAGCGCUAUUCACAGACCACCAAUGGGUGGCGCCAGCGAUCGCCACAGCUGACCUCCAUGCUCAGUAUGGAUCCCCCACCUACUUCUAUUCCUUUUACCACCACUGCCAGAGUGAUGCCACGCCGCCCUGGGCUGACUCCGCCCAUGGUGACGAGGUGCCCUACGUGUUCGGUGUGCCAAUGGUGGGACCCACUGAUCUGUUCAACUGUAACUUCUCCAAGAACGACGUGAUGCUGAGUGCUGUAGUCAUGACUUACUGGACCAACUUUGCCAAGACUGGUGACCCAAACCAGCCGGUUCCUCAAGAUACCAAGUUUAUCCACACUAAACCUAACCGUUUUGAAGAAGUGGCCUGGUCUAAGUACACCCCUAAAGAGCAGCUGUACCUCCACAUUGGCCUGAAGCCCCGUGUCAGAGACCACUACCGGGCCACCAAAAUCUCCUUCUGGCUCCAGCUGGUCCCUCAUUUGCAUCAUGUCAACGAGCUCCUCCAAUCGGUGUCCUCCUUCACGCAUAGUCCCUCUCCACAGGACGACACUCCUUAUUCUUACACUAAGCGUCUAGCCAAAGGUUGGCCGCCUAGUAGCACACGCCACCCAGGUUCACAAGCAGGUACUCCACAGCCGCCAGAGUCUGCUUUAGGCCAAGAUGGAGGGGAAAACGGGGUCCGCGUCCCUAAUGAGGACUACUCAACUGAACUCUCAGUGACGAUUGCGGUGGGAGCGUCACUGUUGUUUCUCAACAUCCUCGCAUUUGCGGCUCUGCUGUACAAGAAGGACAAGAGGCGUCUGGAGCAUCGUCGGCCUCGUCCACUUCCUCCCCCGAGACGAGACAUCACCCCUGCAGAUGUUGCUGCCCACCUGCAGGGGGAGGGACUGAUGUCAUUACAGGUGAAGCAGCUGGAGUGUGAUGUGGCAUCAGCAGAUGAGAGAAACAACACUCACCACCAUCACACCCUGGAUACGCUGGACGCUCUGGACGGCAUGGACACCCAGGACAUCUACAGCACACUGGACACCGUGCGCCUCACCUGCCCUCCUGAUUACACCCUCACCUUGCGCCGCUCGCCUGAUGACGUCCCCCUCAUGACCUCUCUGACCCCAGGGUCACUGCCUGUGACCCCUGGGUCACACCCUGUUACCCCGGCGACGCCGAUGACCCCCAUGACACCUGGAUCAGUGGUGGGGAUGAGGAUGGGGCAUCCGCACCAGGGAUACACACACCAUAGCCCAUAUAGUAAUACACACUUGCCACACACACACAUCUCCACGCACACACACUCCACCACGCGUGUAUAACCGCAGAUACAGGGACAUAAUUACAACACACAUGCACACACACACACACACACACACACCUAUUAACACACACACACACACACACACACACAUAAAACAAAAGACUUAAAUACCUCUACUAAUUACCCUGCAGGAUUGUUACAGAUGGAGUGACAGAAAGACAUUUUCAGUAACAGGAAGAAAAGACAGACAGCUGUGUGUUGCAUGUCGGGGAACUGGGAACUGAAGACAAACUGGAUCCCGGGAGAUGCAGUUCUAUGCAUCAUUUGCUCAUAACCUGGAACAAGACGAGCCAAGACAUCCAUCAAAUGUCUCAAAACCUGCUUUGGAUGUUAAAUCUUCUGCUUUUUCUACACCUGAGGAGGAAGAGGAGGAGCGCUGUGGAAAAAGGGUCAGUUAUGGAUCAGUUUACAUCUCCUACUGUACCUGUGCUGCACAGUGAAGCAGUGCUGGGACUGAGCAGAGCAGAUGCAGAUGCAGAGCUGAGCUAAGGAGUACCACACACAGACUGCUUAUGUCAACUUGAACAACCUGUGAAAUGUGAAUGUAGCAUUUUUUCCAUUAAAAGAUCAAAGGCCCUAUCUGCCAGGGAUCAAACUAAGCUGAGGAAAAAAUAACAUAUUUUGGCAAGAAAUGGAUGUAAAGACAGACAGAGAGGAAGAGGGGAUUAAAAAAACAACAUUAGUUUAAGGACAAGUUAGUCAGUCAUGGUGGGAAAGAGAUUAAGAUUUUAUUGAGAGGGAUUUAACAUCGGUGAGAGUGAGAAAGACAAAGUGAGAUAGAGUGAUAUGGAAAACAGCAAAGUGUGCCAAGAUACAGAAAUUAGCUUCAGAUGAAAAAGUGUUGUCACACUUACUGAAGAAUCACUCUGACCAGCUAUGUGUUAAACUCUUGUAAAUAGAAUGGAAAGAUACAGAUGAUAUAUUAUGAUUUAUAGCAUUUACCUGCUCUUGCAUUAAAACAUGACUUAUUUAACCACAUUAUUGCUUUCAUUUCAGAUAUUACUAUAUUAUUGUAUAGAUGUCCUGAAGCAAGGCUGGUUGUCUUUCUAUCUCACCCACUGUAGUAUGUACACAGUACCUUUAUUUAAAGGCUAUAUUUGCUAUGCACAUCCAUUUCAGUAAUUCUUAACUAUGUAAACAUCAAGAUACUUGUUUAGUAGUUGAAGUAUAGGACAUUUUUACACCAUCCUGUCUAUUUGUUUGACUGUCAGAUGAUGAGCUAGUACUGUGUAGAUAAUGCAAUUGUGGUUUGAUGAUUGAACACCAGCCAAAAACCAUGACCCUUAACCCUCUGAACCUAAUCCCUUCCCGUUCUCCUUUCCCCAUUGUUCCUAAAAUUCUUCUGAAAGGCCUUUCCCUUAAUUUCAAAUAAAUCCAACCUUAAUUAAUGUCUUUGCACACAGACAGGUGGUGAUGAUUCAGGGGGUCCCAAGUCACAGCGUGUCCCAAAAGGUCAAGAAUGUUUUCUCACAUUCGUCUGACCUUUAUGUUUAACACCUUACCAGGGGCCCCAGUAUUUCUAGAAGAGCCCCUGCUUGAACUACCUAAUGCUGACUGAAACCAUGUUCCUCUCAAAGGCACCGAUCGAAAGAAUUUGGCUAAUUUGUAUUUUAUCAUUAAUGUCACUUCCCAUUCUCUAAAACAAAAAAAUUGUUGAAGCUUAAAAUCUCUCUACAGUGUCACCCAUAGUCUGUAGAAAACUGUGGAUCACAUUUUAAAGCCUGGAGUUUGGUUUACUACCUGCCACCAUGUUGUCAAUUGUUUGGAGCCAAAUUUGAUUAAUGAGGUGCAGACUGGGUGGAGCUGAGGAAGGAUGAUUACCGCGGCAUUGUGUGAUAGUUUGAGAGACUUGACAUUGAUGGCAAACACGCCUCCAAACAUACCGCUUUUUAAGCCUUAAUAUCCUCUUAAUGGAGCAAUAUUUUUUCAAAUUGCCACUAAGACAUGCUUUAGAAGUGAAAUUAAUUAUUAAAUCCCCAACCAACAUCUUGUAUAAAUAACAAUUGACUUUAUUUCAGAGAGACGUUGGAGGUUUUCCUGCUGACUUCACAGUGAGUGCUUGAGGGUGGUAGUGGUUACUGCUAUGUGUCAUCAUAAUAAGACUCCCAGCAUUCAUAAACUCAUUUUCAACCAAUUCAUAUUGACAAUUCAUGUGGCAGAGAUGUGGUACUGUCAUGGCUGCCAUUAAAAAAUCUGUCUGAUUGCUACUGUAAAGAUAAAAACAUUACAUGCCAACUAAACAAUCAACCCCAAACUUGCAUACCUUGAUCCUAACCAGUAACUCAACCAAAGGCCUUACCCUGAUAUUUUAACUUUCCUGUUUUAUCCUCCUUUCCUUACCCUAACCUGUCCCAUCCACCCCCAUCCUGCCCUUCGCCUUCCAGCCUCAUCUGUGCGACUACAUGCAGCUUUGUCACAGUGAGGCCUAUUUAACCUCCUCUCAUCCUAAGUAACUUCUUCAUGAGAGAUUUGAGUUAAUUGUCAACAGAAUACAUGAAAAAUGAAAGCCGGAAAAUUUGUAGAUGACAAGCAAAGAACUUUUACAAAAUGAUAUAAAAAUAACACUUAAUGGAUGUUUAAUUGACUGAAUAUUUUUUUUCAUAUGGGUUUAUUGACUCAGCGGAUGGCUGGAUUGUGUCAAGCAUAAAACAUUUCUGCUGCAUUUUUGAAAAAUAAAAAUAUCAGUAUUUUACAAUUUA